UCCCUCCACUAAUUUGGUUGGCCACAUUAUUUGCAGAGUGAUGGAAGCCGCCUUCACUCAACAGUGAAAGGGCCGUAGUUGAGUUUGCUUUCUUCUUCUGUUUCUCUCUCUCCUGGAAAACUACGGUAAAGUUGGACUCCUCUGAGCUUGUCUUAGAUUCAGCGAUUUCGGGGUUAAUAGAUUAGGGUACGUAGAAAUGGUUUCGAUUGAUAGGAUUAGUGCAUUGCCGGAUGAGCUUGGCAUUCAUAUACUGUGUUUUAUGCCCACCAAAGAUGCUGUUGCUACCUCCAUUUUGUCUACAAGAUGGAAGGCCUUGUGGACUCGUCUUCCUUGUCUAAAUUUCUAUGAUGAGAGGGAUUUUGGUGACCAUAAUGAAGAAGAUGUUGAUGUUUUUGAUAUUUUCGUUAGUCAUGUGCUUCACUUUCCCGACUCGGUAGACAUAGAGAAAUGCGCUCUGGUGAUACACAAUGAUCAUGAUGUUCUUGCUGUUGAUGAUUGGAUUUGUACUCUUGUGCGCCGAAAGGUUGUUGAAUUCUAUUUUGCAUUUACGUUUGAUUUGGGAACAACAUUUCGAAUACCCCAGGCACUUUAUAUGUGCAAGACACUGAAGAUUUUGACGCUGCAUUUGUAUACCAACAACUUCACUGCUGAUGAUCCUCCUGCAUUAGGUUGUUUUCCAAAUCUGAAAGAACUCCAUGCUGCCCUCUUUGGUAUUCAGCUAUCGUCAUUGGUAAAGUUUUGUUCUUGCUGCCCUGGGAUUGAGGUUUUGACUAUUGAUGGAAUGGUGGAAAGGGGAGAUGAUGAGGUUUGUGAUAUUCAAGUUCUUGGACGUGAAUUGAAGAUGCUGAAAGUUAGUUUUGAAUGUGAUCCUCAUAAUACUAGUAUCAAUGUGUAUAUCAAUGCCCCAAAGCUUGAAACUCUUUAUCUCAGGAUGGAUGGCUUGUCAAAUUACUUUCUUAUGGGGAGUACCAGGUCCUUGGCCUAUGUUACUAUUGCUUAUGCAGAACUUGGAGAAGAAAAACCACUGCACUUUCCGAACCAGCCAAUUGCAAUUUUGGGUGGUGUUUCUAAUGUUAGAUACCUGUCUCUUUGGACUCCUUGGUUUAAGGACUGGCAUCUGCCUGCUCUUGGUAAUCUGAACCAAUUGAAGCUUGUACUUUGGGAUUGCAAUUACGUGGAAUCGCUAGCUGGUUUUCUUCACAGUGCACCUAAUCUGGAAGAUCUUGUGUUAGAGACUAGCAUCAAAUUUGAAGUAGAAGAUUCAGUUGUUCAAUGGAAUCCACAUGAGGAUGUGCCUGUUUGUUUGUCAUCACAUUUGAAGACUAUCUCCAUAACAGGAUUCAGGGGACGGCAGGAUGAGAUGGAAAUGGCAAAGUAUCUAUUGAUGAAUGGUCCCUUUUUGAAAAAGAUGACAAUUUAUGCUGAUCUUUCUUGUGCAGAUGAGGACUUGUACAAGGAAUUUUCAAUGUUUCAGAGGACGAAUGAUUGUCAAGUUGAACUUAUUAUGAUGCAAACGUCAGGAAGAUAUGAUGGAAGAUGUGAUUUCCGUUGGUGGGUUGAUUAUGAUUGCAAUUGAAAUCUACUUGCACUUGCAAUAGAGACAUUGAUGAAAGAGAAAGUGGUGUGUCCUAACGGAAGACAUCGAAGUCCCUUAUCAACUGUUUUUGCUGAUAAUUGCGUUAAGAACAAUCUGCUUCUUGUGAACCUGGAGCUGCUCGUCGACUGGAGCAUAGCUCGAAGCUAGGAAAUAUC